UGCCUGCCGAUGCACUGGAGUGAGCUACUACUCUUUAACUUUAUACGACACCCUUGGACGGACUUUCCCAAAAAAAAAAACAGAAUCAUAAUUGUGAGCAGAGCUCGUGCAAGACGCGUGCGUAUCCAAACUCCACCGUCUUGAAUAUUUUCUUCCACUUUCCCAAGCCCUCUUUUUACAGUAUGAAGUGCAGUUAUGGCAAGGAGUAGCAAGUCAGUGGCGAGGACCCUGGAGGAUUUGACGCUCGACUCGGGUUAUGGUGGAGCCGCCGACUCCUUCAGAUCUUCCAGUGCGUCGCUGUGCUGCUCAGAGGCACAUGGCGGGAAUCACUGGCAUUUAACCGACUCGAUGCACAGUCGACACAACAGCCUGGACACUGUUAACACGGUCCUGGUCGAAGACGCCGAGAUCCUGGAGAGCACCGGGCAGUGCGCUAAACUACCCGAGCUUGAGGAUGUGCCGUGGAACCUCGGGGAAGUGGCGAGCGCGCUGAACAGGGACGAGGAGAUGACCCUGCCGACCCCCCCGCAGGACGUCCUGCUCAGGCUCUCGGUGCUGGUCAGCCGGGCCCUGGUCAGGGUCGCAAAGGAGUCGCAGCGCCUGAGUUUGCGCUACGCCAAAUGCACCAAAUACGAGAUCCAAAGUGGCAUAAAGAUGGUUCUGUCGUGGAGCGUCUCGAUGAGCUGCAUCAGCGCGGCCCUCGGUGCCUUGUCCCUGUACAACAUGAGCACGGAGGAGGACAAGUUCGGCCGCGGCAAGUCGGUGCGCUGCGGACUCAUCUUCAACGUGGGGAAGUUCUUCAAGUGGAUGGUCGACAGCAGGGUUGCGGUCAGGAUCCACGAGCACGCUGCGAUCUACCUGGCUGCGUGCAUGGAGAGCCUCUUCCGCGAGGUGUACGCGCGGGUGCUGCGCAGCGCGCUGCUGGAGCGCGAUAACGGGAUCCCCAAGUUCACUGUGGAGAUCCUUGAGCAGGCCGUCAACACUGACUCCGAGAUAUGGGGCUCUCUGCAGCCCUGGCAGCACCUGAUCUGUGGAAAGAAUGCAAGCGGUGUGCUCAGCCUACCUGAGGGUCUGACUCUUCACAGGGACCAGCAGCAGCAGCGAGCGGGGAAGAGCGGAGAGGGCAACGCCUACAGUCAGUCUGAGCUGCGCUCAAUUGAACAGUGUUUACUGGCUACACGAGUGGGCAGCAUCUCUGAACUCAGUGACCUGGUGUCCCGGGCCAUGCACCACCUACAGCCGAUGUAUAUGAAGAACCACAACAAUGGGACGCCGAUCCACCAGAAGAGCAGCGUGAUCCACUGGGCGCCUGAAGCGAUCUACACGCUGUGUUACUUCAUGCACUGCCCUCAGAUGGAGUGGGAGAACCCCAAUGUUGAGCCCUCGAAGGUUACCUUGCAAACAGAGAGGCCGUUCAUGGUGCUGCCGCCUCUGAUGGAGUGGGUGCGCGUGGCUGUGGUCCACACCGAACACCGACGCAGCUUCUCUGUGGACAGCGAUGAUGUUCGGCAGGCUGCCCGUCUGCUGCUGCCCGGAGUGGACUGUGAGCCGCGUCAGCUCCGAACGGAUGACUGCUUCUGUGCCUCGAGGAAACUGGACGCUGCCUCUACUGAAGCAAAGUUCCUGCAGGACCUGGGCUUCCGUAUGCUCAGCUGUGGACGCACAGACCUGGUGAAGCAGGCUGUCAACCUGCUGGGUCCCGAUGGUAUCAACAGCUUGAGUGAGCAGGGGAUGACCCCGCUGAUGUACGCCUGUGUCCGUGGAGACGAGGCCAUGGUACAGAUGCUGCUGGAUGCGGGAGCUGAUAUUAACAGCGAGGUGCCAAACUCAGUGCACAAGCACCCCUCAGUCUUUCCCGAAACGCGGCAGGCGACGCCCCUCACUUUCGCCGUGUUACAUGGACAUGUGCCUGUGGUGCAGCUGCUGCUGGAUGCCAAAGCCAACGUGGAGGGGUCCCUGCAGGACGGGAUGGAGAACUACACAGAGACCCCACUGCAGCUGGCUGCUGCAGCAGGUAACUUUGAGUUAGUGAGUUUGCUGCUGGAGCGGGGGGCGGACCCAAUGGUGGGAACCAUGUAUCGCAAUGGCAUCUCCACCGCGCCGCAGGGAGACAUGAACUCCUACAGUCUGGCAGCAGCUCACGGACACAGAAAUGUGUUUCGUAAGCUGCUGUCCCAUACAGAGAAAGGGAAAGGGGACGUCUUAUCCCUGGAAGAGAUUCUGGCAGAGGGUUCGGAGCUGGAAGGUAGAAGUCCGUCUCAGAUUGACCUGAUCCGAACUGGGAAGGCCAAACUUAAAGCCCUGAAAGAAGCCAUGUACCACAGUGCAGAACACGGGCACGUGGACAUCACCAUAGAUAUACGGAGCCUCGGGGUUCCAUGGACUUUGCACACUUGGAUGGAAUCUCUGCGCACAUGUUUCCAUCAGCACCGCCGACCUCUGAUCCAGGGUCUUCUGAAAGAGUUCAGCUGCAUCGAGGAAGAGGAGUACACUGAGGAGCUCAUCACGCUUGGCCUGCCUCUCAUGUUCCAGAUCCUCAGAGCCAGCAAGAAUGAGGUGAUUAGCCAGCAGCUGUCUGCGAUCUUCACACAGUGUUACGGUCCUUACCCCAUCCCAAAACUGGCAGAGAUCAAGAGGAAGCAGACGGCACGCCUGGAUCCUCACUUCCUGAACAAUAAAGAGAUGUCAGAUGUGACCUUUUUGGUGGAAGGGAAGCCUUUUUACGCCCACAAAGUCCUGCUCUUCACAGCUUCCAGCAGGUUUAAAUCUCUACUAGCGAACAGACCUUGCGGAGAAAACACGUGCAUUGAAAUCAGCAAUGUCAAAUAUCACAUUUUUCAGCUGGUGAUGCAGUAUCUCUACUGUGGAGGGACAGAAGCUCUGCACAUCAGGAACACUGACAUUAUGGAGCUUUUGUCUGCAGCCAAGUUCUUCCAGUUGGAGGCGCUGCAGAGGCACUGUGAGAUUAUCUGCACCAAGAACAUUAACACUGAAACAUGUGUGGAGAUCUACAACCACACCAAGUUUCUUGGUGCUCCAGACUUGGCGUCCUAUAUAGAAGGCUACUUCCUCAAGAACAUGUUAAUCCUGAUCGAGUUGGAGCCAUUCAAACAGCUGCUGUACGAUGUGCCUCCAGAUAGCCCCGGCUGUGACGUUCUGCAGGACCUGGAGAAAACCCUGGCCAUCCGCAUCCAGUCCAUCCACCUGUCCUCCUCUAAGGGAUCCAUCGUCUGAUCUCCUGACCUUUGUGAACACAGGAACAUGACUCGUGCUCACUCAGACGUGACACUGUAUUGAGAUGAAAAGACUUGGGGGCUGUCCAGUUACGAUCUCUGUGAAGCUCAUCAGUUGCUAAUGCUUCUUGUUAUCCUAGCAGAUGGUCUGUCAGUCUGUCUACCAUGUUGAUAUCUGUGAACUAUGAAUUACAGUAACAUAUAAUGACUGUCAUAAGUAGGGUUGGGUACCGAAACCCGGUUCCACCAUGGGAAUCGGACCGGAUUAGAACGCAAAUUUCGGUUCCUCGUUUCGGUUCCCCUUUAAUGUGUCGAUUGAAAUAUUUUCCCUCUGUCGCGCCAAAACGGACGUAAA